AUGAAGACGCUAUUCCCAGUGAAGACGCUAUUCCCGGUGAACACGCUGUUCUUUGUGAAGACGCUAUUCCAGGUGAAGACGCUAUUCCAGGUGAAGACAUUUUUCCCGGUGAAGGCGCUACUCCCUGUAAAGACGUGCUCUGCGGACACAGACAGCAUUUCCCUUACGAAGACGCUAUUCCGGUUGAAGACGCUAUUCCCGGUGAAGACGCUAUUCCUUGUGAAGACGCUAUUCCCGGUGAGCACGCUAUUCCCAGUGAAGACGCUAUUCCCAGUGAAGACGCUAUUCCCUGUCAAGACAGUAUUCCGGGUGAAGGCGCUAUUCUGGGUGAAGACGCUAUUCCUGGUGAAGAUGCUAUUCGUGGUGAAGACGCUAUUCCAGGCGCUAUCCCGGGUGAAGACGCUAUUCUGGGUGAAGACAUUAUCCCCGGUGAAGACGCUAUUCCCAGAGAAGACGCUAUUCCCGGUGAAGACGCCAUUCCGGGUGAUGACGCUAUUCCCGGUGAAGACGCGAUUCCUUGUGAAGACCUUAUUCUGGGUGAAGACGCUAUUCCCGGUGAAGACGCUAUUCCGGGUGAGUACGCCAUUCUCAGUGAAGACGCUAAUCCCGCUGAAGACGCUAUUCUGUGUGAAAGCGCUAUUCCAGGUGAAGACGCUAUUCCCUGACGUUAUCCCGGGCAGAGGCAGCUUCGUGCGCUGGGUGCGGGAGCGGGAGCUGGAUCGAUCCGCCCUUGCUGGCCGCAGGCGCUUUUGGUGGUCCCUUUGUGAUCGCCUCGCUCACGCCGCUGCGAAACGCCAUGAGCAACGGAGCUCAGGACCCCUCCGCCGGCGUCCGGCAGCUCUAUGCCAAGGCCUUCGGCUUUCGAGGCGCUGGCCCCGAGGCGGCCACUGGCUCGUUCGGGCGAGCUCGCUUCGCGUACACCGGGGCGGCGGUGUCUGCAGUGCCCGCGUGCCCUCAGUGGUGCAUCAUCGGAGACCAGCAUUCCACUUUAUGCACUUCUACAUGCCAGCGCUUCCUGCAUUACUAGGCACGGCCGCGCUGGAGACCUUUAUCACGUUCGGGUCGCAGAGCCGCAACGCGCAGAUGGCCUACAACGCCCAGGGUGCCAGGCCCGCCGUGGAGCUGUUCAGCCCCUGCCGGCCCUGGGGCCCCGGGGCGCCGCUGUUCGUGCUCAGGAACUUGAACUUCUGCGGCAUGAGCGGGAUCCGGUGGCUGAGCCCCCGCUUCCAGUCGGCGCUGCAGCCCGUACUGCCUGUCGGGGCACGGGAGCUUUCUCCUCUUCGGCGCACCCGGUCCUCGCAUCUUCGCUGA